UUUGCAGACAAAAAUAUUAACAACGUUAAUGCUGUGGUAACAGGAAUAAUAAAUGGAAUACGAAUUCCUUUUCCAUUACCAAAUCCAGAUGGAUGUACGAGUUUGCCAUGUCCUCUUGACCAAGGUGUACCGUAUACUUACACAGCAUCCUUGCCAGUAAGCCAAAUGUAUCCAAAGAUUUCAGUUGAGGUGGAGUGGGCCCUCCAGAACGAGCACCAACAAGUCAUAGCUUGCGUUCUCAUUCCAGCAAAAAUUGAAUGAUGUUGUUAAUGAAAAAAAAUUUUACUACGAAAAUUGGAGCUAAAUUAGAUUUUGUGAAUAACUGUGUAUAAUUUGAAGGUUAGGAUAUUUCCCCUGAAUAGCUUUAUAAUUUACUAUAACUUUUCUUAAUUAAUAAUAUGUAAUAUCUUGAGUAUUUUAUGCGAGCAAGAAUGUUUGGAACAUAACGAAAAUGCUUUAUAAAUA